AUGGCACCUCCUUUGCAUGUAACCCUUUCAGGGUCUUUAGAAGGAGCAGUGAUUAGCAGACAGCACUGCACUGGUAACAGUGGCAUUGCUGACAUGUUGCUAUUCAGUACUGCAGAAUUGUCUCCUCGAGCACCACACAUCCUUAACGGUGACUCCAGUAUGCAGUUGUUACUUUUAACCAAGGAAGAAAUGCAAGAUGUAGCAAAUUGCAGGAAAAUGGAGUCACUGGGAAAACAGUCGCGCCCAGCCGCACUGACCCCGCCGCCGCCGCCGCCACCGCCGCCGCCGCCACCGCCUCCUGAGAGCCCAGCCCACCCCAUCCCGAAGGCCGCAGGUCGCUGUAGCUUGCCCCACCUUGAUAGCCCUGGUCCACCAGCCACCCCAGGGAAAGACCGAAACUACAACUCCCAUCAUGCCCCGCCCCCAUUUCCCUCCUCCCUCUCCACCUCCUCCUCCACUGCCUCGGCUGGCGGCGGAGAGGCGCUGAGGUUUUUUAUCUGCAGACCGGGAGGGAGGGAUCUAGAUCCCGUUGAUCUUACCCGAAGGGAGCGCUCUACCCAGUGGCGCCCGCGGUUCUCAGCCGAAUUUUGCCUCCGCGUCCGCGCCAGCCCAGAGCCCAAGGGGGCAGACGGUGCGUCCCGGCACUGCAAGAGGAUGGUCAUCCGCGUGUUCAUCGCCUCCUCUUCGGGCUUCGUGGCGAUAAAGAAGAAGCAGCAAGAUGUGGUUAGAUUUCUGGAAGCCAACAAGAUAGAGUUUGAGGAGGUGGAUAUCACAAUGUCAGAAGAGCAGAGGCAAUGGAUGUACAAAAACAUUCCCCCAGAAAAGAAGCCUGCUCAGGGCAACCCUCUGCCACCUCAGAUAUUUAAUGGUGACCGAUACUGUGGAGACUAUGAGAGUUUUUUUGAAUCAAAGGAAAGCAACACAGUCUUUUCAUUCUUAGGCCUGAAAUCACGGUUGGCAUCAAAGGCAGAACCUUAGAGAAGACAAGCGGAAGAUGAUGGAGAUGCAUUUUGGAGCACCCCCUGGUACUCGGCACACACCUGCUUACCUAAUGCAUCACUGUGACAAAAGCCACAUUCAUCAUCAGUAACUUUGCUUGCAUUUGGAGAAGGUGUUUUUGGAAGAUGUGGGUGUAAUGGGAUUGCAUGAUUGCUUUAAACCAAAUCAGAACUGUGGUGGAUUUUUUCUUAUUUUCAGAAUUGCCUGCAGUUGCCUCACUCACCUGGAGGUACUGUAACCUGUUACAGGUGUGCUUCCUUAGUGACUGAAAGAUAAGUGAGUGGCCCCAUCAGAGAAAAUGUUGAAUCUGCCCUAGGUUGUAGUUGGUGCCAGUAUUGCUCAGACCUGCUUCUCUUUAAGCUGCCUGGAAUGUAUCCUUAAAAUUAGUCUGCCAGGCUAUUAAAAUCUAUUGAUCAAAAAGAAAAUAAAAAAGAAAUGCUGGUUGACAAAGGGAUGAAGAUUUAGAAUCACAAAUGUCACCAUUUUAAUGCUUUGUAAUAACUCCUACAGAAAAAGUUCGAUGUUCUAGCCUCAUUUUGGUAACGUAAACUUUUACCCCCGUAACUUCUUCAAGCUUCUACAUAUGUUUCCAGAAAUCACGGUUGCAACAGUGUGUGUUCAGACCCAAGUUAUAGGGAUGAAAAUAAUUGCUAUUUUGGAAAAUAGAUGCUUCUUUAUCUCUUGCAAGGGGAAUGUUUCACCUAAAUGCAUAAGAAUGCUUAAAAGAUAUAUUUUAAGAGGUGCACUAAUUAGAUAAUAAAUUUAUAGGAAAAGUAACUGACUCAUAUCUGAAGGCAUUUUCAGCCCUAGCAACUUAUUAUACUUAAGUGCACACACAUAUCAGGAUAUUUUUAAAUGCAGCUACCCUAACUAACAGCUGCUUAUUCUAUUUUGUGAAGGGAUUAUAUUUUUUUGAGAAAGGAAGACCUUGGUUGGAUAUAUUUUGUGAACUGCUGAUGAGGCAUAUUUAAAAGGUACUAAUAUUGCUGCACAAUUUAAUUUUUUUUCCUGUCUUACUUUCCAUUGGUUCUCUGAUUUUGCUAGUUCAUAUUUCUGGUCAAUACAUAGUCCCAGAUUUUUCAGAGCAAUGUAGACACAUGCUCUCAUUCCAUAGACAAGCUCAGUGAGUUUCAGAGCAGCAUAUAUGAGAAAGGGGCCUUUGGAGAUAAAUCUCAAUUGUACUUGGCAUGCAAAAUCUUUACUCCCUUUGGAGUGGAUGCUUAUAAACACUGAACUUGUCUGUUGUAUCAGGGCAGAGGCUCCUUUUUUGCAUCUUUGUCCCUGCUUAUAUUUUUUAGAGUUUUUAGUUGCCAAAUGUGGGAACAGUCUUGAUUGACUAGGAUCAGCUAUCGGAGGAUUGCCUAAAAUGUUCUGCUAUUCUCAGCAUUGUGAUGCUGGACCUGCCAUUUAGAUUCUGAGCAGGAAGUUUAUAAGAAAUUGAAAGAACAAAAGAAUUAAAGCCCCGUCUCAUAUGUCCUCUCACCCUCCAGCUUGCUAAAUGUGGACUUGUUAAAUGCUAAAGCUGAAAUCCCAGCCUGAGAUUUGUGGCCCAGGACUACAAUCAGAAGCAAAGUAUGCCACAGAUUUCUACCUGACUGGAACAGAUACAUGAUCCACAGUUCUUUCUCCAGGGAAAGCUAUUGUGAAAUCAUGGGUCUUACUGCUUAGUUGGCAUUAAAUAAGAUCCAGGUCAAAUUCCAUUUGAUAAAUCCCAGGGACUAUCCAGGAAUUUUUUUUACCUGGAUAAUGUGUUUGAGUCUUCUGAUAAGACUUAAAAUUUCUUUUUAAGCUAGAGCAGUUAAGAUUUUUUUUAAUGUUACAGUAAUGAUCUAAUUUAUAUUGUCUACUCUUGCCAACGAGCACCAAGAACUAACUUGUUAAGAUCGAGACUUUGUAAAUUGAAUUACUGUGGCUCUGGUAGGCCCAGUAUGAUUCUCCUAAACAGACUAGAUGAAUGGUAGUGCUAAAUUACUAUCACAGUUACACACUGUCUACCCCUCACCCCACUUUUUUUUUAAACCAGCAAAGAAAUAGGAGAGAUCAUCCUCUGCUGGUGCCAUACUUGUUCUGAGUGAGCUAGAAGCAUGCCCAGGCUCUGCAGGGUUCUGAGGGAUUGCCCUCUGGGACCACACUGUCUUCAGAGAAUAUUGUGUCCUUCCUCGUACUGUUUUACCAGCUGAAUUUCAAACGUGUAAUGAUUUUCUCAUUCCCUUCUUUAACAAGCUGCCUUUAGAUUUAGGUAACCACAGUCUUAACAGCCUAGGAAAGAAAGUGGAUGGGAAUUGCAGGCAUAGAUAUAAUUUCAAGGGCAUUGCAAGGCAGAAUGUUUAUUUCCUGUAGGACACUUGUUGGGACAAAGGAAAUAUGCUGCCAGAAAUCAAAGUAUGCCAUUUUAAAAUCAGCAAAAAUACAGAGUGCCAUCCUGCUAGGUAUAUGCAGACCAGAGGGAAAUUUAGUUGGGGAAAUACUUGUUUUUUUAACAAAUUCUGGUGUUCUACUAAAAUCAAAGAGGAGAGAAGAAGAUUUUUUUUUCUCAGACUUUAAUAUAUUUUAGAUUUGUUUCUGUUUUAUAGAUUUAUUCAAUAUCACCACAUAGAUGUUUUUGUAUUACAUGAAUUUAUAACGAACUAAACCUGUUUCUUCCUCUGUUAUUAAAAGGUACCAAAGUCUCUUUCUGUUUUGUUUGUUUUGGUUUUCUAAAAUUUGAUUUUGCUAUAGAGGGUUUUUUUUUUCCUUGAAAUGCUUUUCAUUUAGCAGUUUUUCUUAAGUGUCAGAGCCCACCUUGGUCUGCAUAGUUGUUAUUUUUACAUUUCAAUUUGUAUGCAUUUGUCCCUAAAGGCAUUGGUGAAAUCUCAGAUUUUAUAUUCAACAUUAAAGAGGAAUAAAUUCCAGAAAACAUGUAUUCUGAAAAUGGACUGUUUGUUCCCUACCAUUUCUUACACCUUUUCUAAUUUUAGUUCUGUGUUUUGAUGAAACCUUCCUGUUUAGUUGGGACGAUCUGUUUCCACUCCCAUUUGUGAACCCCAUACCUGCAGAUUAGUUGUAAAAAUGCAGACAUACUGUUUGACCAUUUAAGGAGAUGUAGUCUGUGUAUGUGUGUGUAUGUGUGUUGGGAGGUGACCACAGAAUCAUCUCAGACAGCAACCAGGACCAACAUGGCGUUAAAUCACUGGUCCCUUGGUUGGUUUAAAAUAGAUGACUGGUUUCCUGAAUACACUGAAGCCCCCAGCAGUGGGUUUGUUCCCCUAAUUGGGAGCAGGAAACAAGUACAGUGUAGGUGCCACCUUUAAUAGAAGGGCCCCUUUGAUGCAGCCUUCUGUGAAAGGAGAAGAAAACAUUUCUGAAGGCAGUAUCUAAAGUUGAUCUCAUCACUGAACUAUUUCAAACCUUGAACACCAAAACAGUGGGAGGGUAAAGGAAGAGAUAAAAGAGUAAAAGAGAACAGACUGUAAGUUUGCAGAAUGUGCUAAAGCAUGAAACCAAAUAAGCCACCCACUUGUAACCCUGACUUUGAAAGUUUUCCUAGUUUUUUCAGAAGUGCAAGUCAGGUUAGUUUAGUCAUCUUCCCAAUCAGCCCUUAGAAUGUUAUGAGUACUGUCUGAGCAGGACCGUAGUCUCCACCCUGAAGGAUGAGAGAAACAGAGGAGCAAAAACUGCAGUUAUAGCGGAGUGGGGAAGGAUGAGUUGAGGUCAGUGCAUAGUGCUCCAGGGCAUUACCUAAAACAUGAUGGAUAAUCUUUUUCUAUGUCUUUUACAACCACGCCAAUUUAAAAUUAUUUCAUAUAUGCAGUGGAACGUAUGCGCAUAAUGUGUGUGUGUGUGUGUGUGUGUGUGUGUGUGUGUGUAAAGAAUAAUAAACAAGCCCCUGUGUGCCUGCCAUCAGCUUACUGUCUUUCCUUUCAAGCACCGUGAGCUCUUCUCUGACCCUGUCCCAUCCCAGUUUGACAGCAGGAGCCCCUUUCCUGAGCUCUUUGUUGAUCGUUGCCUUU